AUGUAACCAGCACCGAUUGUGGAAAAAUCAACCCUUGUAGCUAACCUUCUCAGAAGAAAUAAGAAUAUGGCUCUAAUCGAGGAUUGGGAUAAAAACGGAAAAAUUUUUUCCUUCUUCGUCUUGCACAAUUUUUUCUUUUUCGCUCAAAAAAUUACUUUCAGUAAUAGCUUGCCCGAUAACAAUACUGAUAUUAUUGGUGAAAUUUUAUGUGGUUAUAAUUCGAGUAUUGUUGGUGAUUAUUUAUGUGCACAAAUUCAUAAUUAUCUAUGGGUUAGCAAUAUUGAGGCUUUGUAUUCAAGCAAAAAAGGCUACAUGGGUUUAGGAUUAGUAUUAAAACUAUUAUCAAACAUUCACCCUUCACCAACAACAAGCAAGAAUAUGCUUAUAGAGUCUGAAAUGCUUGACAUACAGAUUAGUACGCUGCUAUUAGCCAUUAAUCCUUCUUCGUCGUCUAAUUGA